AUGGUUAAAAUAAUGAUUCAGCAGGAGUUCCGACGCCAGACAGGGAGAGAUGCCCAGGAGGGUCUCACAGCCUUCCUUGAGAGAAGUAUCAAGGCACUCUAUGAGCUUUUCCGUAUGAAGUCAUCAUCAAAACAAAAGGCAAAACAAAUAUUGGAAGCCGCCGAGAACUGCCCGGAAGAAGGCAAAACUCUCCUUGCCAACGGUGCCCUGAUCUUGUUGCCAUGCCUGCUGAAGGAAAGAAGCAACAACCUCGUGAAGAGUCUAGAGCCGGGCGCCCAGUACAUGAACCCAAUUAUUCUGUACACUGGUGAGGACGUGCUCACAUCUUCAGUGUAUGCGGUGACAGUCGAAGGUUUGACCAUUGAUGCUGCAAGCCUUACACAAGCAGUGUCGUUGUUGAUGUGCCUGUUCUGGGCUUUGAACAUCAAAUACUCUGCUGAAAUAAAAAAUACACUCACCCUUCUUGAGCAUGCCAUCGGGGUUUCGCACACAAUAAUGGGCACAGUUGCAUUGCAAGUCUGGAGCUGCUUGUGA